UUUGCAUUCUUUAUCCCUACCUUAUACAUUUUUUUAUAGAGAUUCUACAAAAUUUAUAAAUUGAAGUACAACCAUCUAUCUCGUUUUAUAUUUACCUUAUUGUCGGUGCAUUACCAUAUAGUUUCAACUUUUAAACGGAUCACUGCUCUAUAAUCUGACGAAAUGCCGGGCGGUUGCGGACCAUGUGGACCAUGUGGACCAUGCGGACCCUGCAAACCUUCAAAGAGGAGCGCUACCAAAAAGUCGUCUUCGAAGCCGAAAAAGAAGUCCGCUUCCAAAAAGGCUCCGUCAUCGUCAUGUAGAAAAUCGUCAGGAGGAUGUUCCAGGCCUGUUAAAAAGGCUCCUAUUAAAAAACCAGCUUAUAAACGCACGAGUCGAUGCUGCGACUACUCCUCCUGCAGCUCAGAUUACUCCAGCGACUCAGAUUGUUACGACUCGUGUUCCACUUGCUCAUACUCAGAUUCCGAUUACUCAGACGAUUGUCGCUACUCCAAGAAAUCCGGAGGCUGCUGCAGACGCUAGAUUGUUUUGUUUUUCGGGUGGCAUCGUGAAAACUCAAAAUUCGGCUUAGAAACUGCGAAAAGUCUUUGGAUUGAUUGGUAUAAAUAUAUUUUAUUUUUGAUGCACCUUUUUCGUCAAUUUUGUUUAUUCUUUAAUAUUAUUUUUACAGAUUUGUUUUUACCUAAUAUUUGUUAUUGACAUCGUUAGUAAGUUUAUGUUGUUAGUAAUUGAGUGUUUUUGAUUUAUUAUAAUUUAAUUUUAACGUACUAUCUACUAAUUAUUAUUAAUUUAUUUAUUUUUAGUUAACAAAAAUUGUCUAAUAGAGCUAAGAAAGAAGUUUUUGACAUUGACUUAAAUGACUUAUUAUUAUUAUUUUGUUUGAAUGUUAUAGAAUGCUAGUUUUGGGAUGUUAAAAACUGAUUUUACUUAUUUAUUUACUGGUUGUAUUAGGUGUAAGCUUGCAUAAUGUUAAGUACUAUUAGUGGACAUUUUAUUAUAUUAUGAUUUAUAACGAAAUAAAAAAAAUAUCAUAAUUAAAAAA